AUGCUGGCAUGGCAGGACGGCGGGGCCAAGGCGGCUCCCUCCCACCACAAGAUCUCCUUCUCGGUUCUGGACAUCCUGGACCCGCAGAAAUUCACCCGUGCUGCGCUCCCAGCCGUGCGCCCUGCUCCGCAGGAAGCCAAGAAAAGUUUGGCAGAGGCCGAAGCAAGGAAGGAAGCCAGCCAGGACCCGGCCCGGCAGCGAGAGACUCCUGAUGCUGCGGGCCGAGGCGCCGGCUUGGCGUCCCCCCUGGAGGGCUCGGAGGCGGAGGAGGAGGAGGAGGAGGACGUGGAGGAUGCGGAGCGGCGGCGGCGGGAGCGGGCUGCGCGCCUGCAGGCGUGCGCGACGCGCUCCCCAGAGGCCCGGGCCGCGGCACUGGCGGCGGGGGAGAGCAGCGCGGGCGGCCUCGCUGGCUCCCCGGGCUCGCCGGGCUCCCCGCGGCCCCGGCGCCGGCGCGCCGAGCCCAGCAGCUCCAAGCCGCGGCGCGCGCGCACCGCUUUCACCUACGAGCAGCUGGUGGCCUUGGAGAACAAGUUCCGGGCCACGCGCUACCUGUCUGUGUGCGAGCGCCUGAACCUGGCGCUGUCGCUCAGCCUCACUGAGACGCAGGUCAAAAUCUGGUUCCAGAACCGCAGGACCAAGUGGAAGAAGCAGAACCCCGGCGCCGAAGGCGCGGCGCAGGCGGGAGGUGGCGCGCCCCAGCCCGGGGCUUCGGUGGCGGCGAGCGGCGGCGGCGCGGGGGGCAGCCCGGGUCCGCCGGGCCAGGGCGCGCAUCUUUUCCAGACUUUCCCCUCCUACUCCGCGGCCAACGUCCUCUUCCCGGCAGCCGCCUCCUUCCAGCUGACGGCCGGCGCCGCCGGGGGCUCCUUUGCGCCCUUCCUCGGGCCCUCCUACCUGACCCCUUUCUACACCCCACAUCUAUGAAACCGGAGCCCCUCCGGCCCCACUUCGUGCGGACUCACGGGUGAUUGGCGUGGACUUGUGGUCCCCACCCCACGGAGAGGCGCGGACGCGCAGGGACCGCCCCCUUCUGGUGCGCGGGUGUCC